UGUUUUCCGAAAUUUAACUAAAUAACGGCAGAAAAACCCCUUGAAUGUGCAUUUUACCCCCGAAAUUCAUUGAAUUCCGUGAUUCGCGGCUUUUAGUUUUUCCCGCCGCGCCAAAACGUUCAAAAAGAGCUACGCCCCCCACCCCUGACCUUCCCACUAGUACCACCUCCACUGCAAAAACGAAAGUUUAGUGUUAGUGCCGUCCGACCGUCGAUCAUCUGUGAAGUGUACACAAAAAACACUUACAUAAGAAACGCUCGUUUUCCUGUCCUCGGACGCUAUACACCUUCGGACAGGUCUGAUGUCCGGCUCCUUUUCGGGCAUUGCGAGGUGGAGGAAGAAAAUGAGCGAGUGAUUCGGAGGGAAAAUAAUGCCGAUUCGCUCCGAUGGGCCGACUCGGCCGAGCACCCUCGGCUUCGAGGUGCUGCACUGCUGGACGGACGACCUGCCCGUCUGCAGAUACUCAGGAGUUGGCUUCAACACGAACCAAAUCUAUCGCGAAGAUGGAAACAGACAGGAGGAUCAUGAGUUCGAGGACAGAAGCUUCCACUUCCAGCUGGACGACCAAACCUUCCUCUAUGGUGUUUUCGAUGGACACGAUGGAGUCCAGGCGGCAACCUUCGCCCUUCAGAGGACGGCCGCGGAAAUCCUUCUAGGUCAGCUGAGCGGCAAGACGUCCGACGAGGAAAUCAAAGAGGUGCUGCGGCAUGCGUUUUUCGCCGUCGAACGGGGUUACUUUGACUCGAUCGACGAUAAACUGGCCGAACGGACCAACCUGCAGUGCGAGAUUCCGCAGGGACUCAGUUCCUACGAGGCGUACCAAAAGUACCCUGAAUUAGUCAAUAAACUUCAACAGCUCAACAACGAAAUCGCUUCCGGCACAACCGCUGUCGUCGCUUUAAUUUAUAGAGGAAAACUGUAUGUGGCCAAUGUAGGUGACAGUCGGGCCCUGCUGUGCAAAACCGACGAAAAAGGCGUGCUCAGGGUGACUCAGCUGACUGUAGACCACGGACUGGACAAUGAGGAUGAGCUUCUCAGACUGACCCAAAUUGGUUUGGACAGCAGCAAAAUAUGCCAAGGAUCUCGUCUUGGCAACCAGGAAAACACAAGGUGCCUGGGCAAUUAUCUGGUCAAAGGCGGCUACAAGGAGUUCGACGAGCUGGCUUGUGCCAUUUCGGAGCCGGUGAUCGCGGAUCCGGAAAUAAAUGGCGGAAUUCCGCUUGACGAAAAUAGCCGUUUUUUGCUUCUGAUGUCGGAUGGACUGUACAAAUCUCUCGAAGAGGCGAGCAAAACAGAGCACGUCAACAUCGAUAUCGCCCAGCUGACUGUGGAGCAGUUUCGGACGCAGGCGACGCUGUCGGGCGUGGCGCAGGCUGUGGUGGACAAAAUCGUGCGGCAGCACCACGACAUGUUCGUCGGCGGCGGCAACUGCACGCAGCGCGACGACAUCACGCUGAUGGUGCGCAACUUUAACUUCCCAAUGCCGUACGCGCUGCCCAACAGUCCGAUGACGGUGCCCACGGUCACGUUCAACCCCAAGGUCGAGAUGAUCAGCUAUGAGCCGACCAACAGCACCUCCACCAUGCCUGAGUCCACCAUCUCCAGCACCAACUCCAUGGACACAACCUCGACAAACAACACGUCGUCAAAUGAGAGCAGUUACGGGCCUUACACAAACGCGUCCAAUAGUCAUGCAAGGAUCAAACCCUACGUCGAUUUUUCGCCAUAUUAUGCUAGUGUGAACCAAGUGGCGUCUGAGAACGACAGUUCCUAACUAAAUGACCUGUUCUCGCCGUCAGUGUUGAUAAUUUUAAAUCUCCUGACCACCUGAAUUGUAGUAUUUUAAUGAGAAAACUGUAACAUAUAUGAAAAUAAAAUUUUAACAUGUGUGUAAAA